AUGGCGUCCUCUCUCCUCACCACCCCGUCCCAGACCCUCGCCCCCACGCCCGCCGCGGCGCGCGCCCGCGGGUACUCGCCGGGGGCGGCCCAGGUGUCCUUCUCCUCGCCCCGCCUCCCGAGCCGCCGCGCGCUGCGCGUGCGCGCGUCGGUCGCGAUCGAGAAGGAGGUGCCGGAGAACGAGGCGCCGACGACGUUCCUGCGGGAGGACGGCUCCGGGGCCGGGUCCGGGUCCGUGCGCGAGCGGUUCGAGGGCAUGAUCCGGCGGGUGCAGGGGGAGAUCUGCGCCGCGCUCGAGGAGGCCGACGGCAGCGGGAAGCGGUUCGUGGAGGACGUCUGGUCGCGCCCCGGGGGCGGCGGGGGCAUCAGCCGGGUGCUCCAGGACGGCAACGUGUUCGAGAAGGCCGGGGUGAACGUGUCCGUCGUCUACGGGGUCAUGCCCCCGGACGCCUACCGCGCGGCCAAGGGUGCCGCGAAGAACGGGGCGGCCGAUGGGCACAAGGCUGGGCCUGUGCCCUUCUUUGCCGCUGGCAUCAGCUCGGUUCUUCAUCCCAAGAACCCAUUUGCUCCAACAUUGCAUUUCAACUAUCGUUAUUUUGAAACAGAUGCACCAAAAGAUGUACCUGGUGCACCAAGGUCAUGGUGGUUUGGAGGUGGUACUGAUUUGACUCCUUCCUAUCUCAUUGAAGAGGAUGUGAAGCAUUUUCAUUCUGUUCAGAAACAAGCUUGUGAUAAGUUCGAUCCAAGUUUUUACCCAAGAUUCAAAAAAUGGUGCGAUGAUUAUUUCUAUAUUAAGCAUCGUAAUGAGAGACGUGGGCUUGGCGGAAUAUUUUUUGAUGAUCUUAACGAUUAUGACCAAGACAUGCUUCUGAACUUUGCUACAGAGUGUGCCGGUUCUGUAAUUCCUGCAUACAUACCCAUCAUAGAACGUCGCAAAGACACUCCAUUCAAUGAGGAGCAGAAGGCAUGGCAGCAAGUGCGGAGAGGUCGCUAUGUGGAGUUCAACCUUGUCUACGAUCGUGGCACCACAUUUGGACUCAAGACCGGGGGAAGGAUCGAAAGUAUACUUGUCUCCUUACCACUCACUGCACGAUGGGAGUAUGACCAUAAACCUGAGGAAGGGAGCCAAGAGUGGAAGCUUCUCGACGCGUGCAUAAAUCCAAAGGAGUGGCUCUGA